CAUUCCUGAUCGGCACUAGAGACCUUUCCGUUAGGGAGUUUUGUUCCAACCACUCAUUUCAAUCCCAGGUAGUGUAUAUAUCUCUUGUAUUUGGGACUGCGCUUACGCUGCAGGCCCUCUUUUUAGGAUAUCAACCACAUUUCUGGCCCAAUCACCGGAACCAUGGGGAAAGACAGACACACUUGCCACAUCGUCCCUUGUCUUGACUGCGCUGGCGCGGGGUUCUGAGUAGAAAUGAAACCACCUGCAAAAACGCCCAGGUCAUUUGGCCGCGCAACAUUGACAGUUCAAGUACUCCUGUAUAUCUGGAUAUUCUUUGAUGAAAGAUGGCCUGGCGCAGCAGACUCGGUUAGCAGUAUUGGAUACUGCAGAGGAGAUCAAUGUUUAUCGCUCGGAUAAGGGUAACCCCCGUUCUUACCAACAGAAGAACUGGCCAUGGGGUCCGUAAAGUCUUGUUUUAGCACGGAGGACCUCAUGCAAGGCCUGAAAACACUGAACAAUGAAAUGGGAAAGGACGAGAUGCUGGCAGCGUUCGCACCCAUCACUUUCUUAUCCACCGGGGGCUUCCUUGCUCUCCGCUUCCUGAAGAACCGCCAAAGCACUGGCGAUCUCGAUUAUCUCCUCGAACCGGAGUGGUCUAUGGACAACGACAUCAAGGCACCCCUGCAUGAUGCUAUAAAGAGAGUCACGAGACGUCUAAACUUUGCCGAUGACUGGCUCAACGACGAAAUGGCCUUUUUUGUCCCCCUACGUUCUCGAAAACACCUAUUCGACGAGGCUCAAAAACAAAAUAUUGUCCUUUGGCAGGGAAAGAACCUGCGCAUUCUAGCCGUGCCACUGGAGUGGGCGCUGGAGCGAAAGUUGAGACGAAUCCAUGCUGGAGCUCAGGGACCGAAACGAGGGGCAGACAUAAGUGACGCCGUCGCCUUGUUGAAACAUAUCAGGGACCGAAACGGGGGCAGAUUAGACAGGGAGCGCAUCCGGACUUUCAGUAUGUGCUCAUAUGAACCGCCACCAAACCGACAGACCAUGGAUCUUGUCGCCUUCGCAUAUCGAAGGAAGUACAAAGAGGAAGUUUUCGUUUGAAGUGCCGAAGUUACCCACGACAGGACCAUGGCACUUGUACUGAGAUCACAGGACGAGAGCUUUUGCUCGUCUUUCACGAUAUCCCUUUGGGGUCGGCGUAUAGUUGGAAUCCAUGAGC